GCUGGGUCCAGCUCAGUUCCUCUUUCUGACUGUAACUGCAUCAAUUGCCAACUAACAGGAUUCACUGGAAAAAGAUCUCAUCCUUAGAUCCCCAAAGAGACCAUCCAGACCAUUAUCACCAGGUUGUCCACCUUAUCCACGAAGUUGAACUUUUCUAAGCAAGCAAACACUUUUUGCACAAUGGAGCAGCAAUUUGAUUACUCAGGAGGUAAUGUGUCAAUCCAAGAUAUAUAUGAAUAUGAUAUAGGUAAUGCAUCAAUCCAAGAUAUAUAUGACUACUCUGAUAUUUGGGAAACAUACCACUGGAUAGGUCAGGAGACCUUAAUUGCUCCAAAUAUUUCUACAGUACAAGAAUUCCUUCCUUUUCCUAAUGAUCAACUGUUCGAUAAUUUAACACGAAAUCUUAUCGAUGGGUUCAUUGUCCUUAUUUGCAUUUUAGGCCUGGUGGGAAAUGGAAGGACCAUUUACCUCCUGGCCUUUUCCAUUAAGAGGAAUUCUUUCACCACUUUCAUUCUGAAUCUCUCCAUGGCUGAUUUUGGGGUCCUCGCAUCCCUCAUUAUGACAGAAAUAUUUGUGAUCGUCUUAACUCUGAAUCAAAGAACAUAUGUGGUUGAUACCUUUUUCUUGUUAUUUUUUGAGCUCUUUUUCUUCACCUAUUCUGCUAGCCAGUUUCUGCUGACGGCCAUCAGCCUGGACAGGUGUGUGGCGGUCCUCUUCCCACUCUGGCAUCGCUGCCAUCGUCCUCCAUAUCUGUCCAUCCUGGUUUGUGGCCUCAUCUGGAUCCUCUCCUUCCUGCUCUCUGCAGUGCACUUCAUUCUCCACCAGACCAAGACCUUUGGAAGUUCACCUUUCUUAUACCAGUUGAUUGUGAAUGGUUUACUUUGUACACCUCUCAUGGUUGUGUCCACUGUGACUCUCUGGAUUCACAUGAGGUCUAAAUCGCAACGCAGUCAAAGAAAGUUGCUCACCACCAUUUUUCUAGCUCUUCUUUUCUUCCUCCUCUUUUCUCUCCCAAUGAAUGUCUUUUAUGUCAUUCAUUAUUUUGAUACCUAUAAUCUCCUCCUCAUGACCAUGGGGAUAGGAUGCGCCUCUCUCAACAGCAGCAUCAACCCUCUCCUUUAUUUUUUCAUUGGGAGGAAGCAGAGAGGAAAGGACCAGCCCAGAGCAUCAUACAAGGUUGCUCUGCAAAGAGUCUUCAAGGAUGAGAAGGGCAGCCCAGAAGAGCAGCAAACCAUGAAGGAAGACCAGUUGUGAAGGGUCAUAAAUACUGCAUAUAAAAUAUUUGAAGAUACAGGAUUAUUUGGGACAUAAAAUAUGAUUUCCUUAAGAAUAUACAGAAUGGAUACAAUUUAUUGAGCAAAAUGCUUAAAAACAAAGAUAUGGAAGCAGGAAGUAUUGCUGUGUCUGUAUUUUACAAUCUGUAGCACUUGUUUACCGGAAAUGUUUUAGUUGAUAUAGUUCCUUUUUAUUUCUUAUUAUUACUGUUGGGAAUAAGUCUUACUGAAGGAAUUUUUAAAAAUGUGUAAUUUAUCUUACGCAUCUUUCUUUGUGACAUGCACAUUUAUAUAAAUAUGAUGGAGAUGAAAGAUAAGGGAAAAAUCUG